GCGCCCGUUUCAGCAGUAAGUUCUAAAAUCUGCGUUGCUAGACGCACUUCCUGUGCCGCAUGAAUAAGGAGAAAAUGGCGAAUCAGAAAAUGGAUGUAGAUGAUGGCCCUCCACCCAACCAUGAGGGAAUCAAGCAGUAUUAUUCCAGUAAAAUUGAGUCACUUCAGCUUGUAGUUACUGACAAGACCCAGAAUCUGAGACGUCUAGAGGCGCAGCGAAAUGAACUGAAUGCUAAAGUGCGAAUGUUGAGGGAGGAGCUCCAGUUACUACAGGAACAGGGCUCGUAUGUUGGAGAGGUGGUCAAACCCAUGGACAAGAAGAAAGUGCUCGUGAAGGUGCAUCCAGAGGGGAAGUUUGUGGUGGACUUAGACAAGAACAUAGACAUCAAUGAUGUAACCCCCAACUGCAGAGUAGCUCUUAGGAAUGACAGCUACACUUUGCAUAAAAUAUUGCCAAACAAGGUUGACCCGUUGGUGAGCCUUAUGAUGGUAGAGAAGGUACCAGACUCGACAUACGAGAUGGUGGGAGGUCUCGACAAACAAAUCAAGGAGAUCAAAGAAGUCAUAGAACUGCCUGUCAAGCAUCCAGAGCUGUUUGAAGCCCUUGGCAUAGCCCAGCCCAAGGGCGUGCUGUUAUAUGGACCCCCUGGUACAGGGAAGACCCUGCUAGCACGUGCAGUUGCCCACCACACGGAGUGUACGUUCAUCCGCGUGUCUGGCUCAGAACUGGUGCAGAAGUUUAUAGGAGAGGGCUCGAGAAUGGUCCGAGAGCUCUUCGUCAUGGCCAGAGAGCAUGCUCCAUCCAUUAUUUUCAUGGAUGAAAUAGAUUCUAUAGGAUCAUCACGCUUAGAAAGUGGAUCUGGAGGUGACAGUGAAGUGCAGAGGACUAUGUUAGAGCUUCUGAAUCAACUCGAUGGCUUUGAACCAAAACAAAAUAUCAAGGUAAUCAUGGCCACUAACAGAAUAGACAUCCUGGAUUCAGCCUUGCUCCGUCCUGGCCGCAUAGACAGAAAAAUCGAGUUCCCACCACCCAAUGAGGAGGCCCGUUUGGACAUCUUGAAGAUCCACUCCCGCAAGAUGAACCUGACCCGAGGCAUUAAUCUCCGCAAGAUUGCUGAAAUGAUGCCUGGGGCCUCAGGGGCUGAGGUCAAGGGUGUGUGUACUGAAGCUGGGAUGUACGCUCUCAGAGAACGCAGGGUUCAUGUCACUCAGGAAGACUUCGAACUGGCUGUAGCCAAGAUUAUGUUGAAGGAUUCUGAGAAGAAUUUCUCAAUCAAGAAACAGUGGAAGUAGUGAACGACAUUCACAGCAGGGUGAUUAACAAAACAGUCUCUGACCAGUCUCUGAUUUGUACAAUACAUGGAUUUGUGUUGACUUCUAGGCAGAUUAAAGUUAAUUUUGCAUUUAAUACAAUAAGUUAGCUGCUCAAGUGAGACAUAUGAGAUUGUUUUCUAUAAAAUAAUGGUUUCUGAUAUCAAAGGAAAUACACAUACAUCUUAAAGGUGUACGAUUAUUGAUAUAAUUAUUUCAACUCUAAAAUAUGUCAACUUUAUGCAUCAGAGGCAAAAUGUUUAAUUCAUUCAGCAAUUGUCAGAAAAGUUUAUGAUUAAAUAACAAAUGUUUAUUAUGCCCCCGGUAGGAGGGCAUAUAGUGAACGGACUGUUUAUCCGUCUUUCUGUCACACUUUGCGUUUAGGUUUCGAAAAAUGCUCAUAACUUCCAUGUCCCUUGAGAUGUAACCUUCAUAUUUGGUAUGCUUGUGUAUAUGGACAAGGCCUUUCCAUACGCACACAAAUUUUGACCCCUGUGACCUUGACCUUGAACUUAAGGUCCGUGUUUAGGUUUCGAAAUCUGCGUUUAGGUUUAGAAAAAAGCUCAUAACUUCUAUCAAGCGUUUAUAGGGGGAUACUACAUUCGGAUUAGGAGCAGUGGACCCAGUCUCUUAUGGAUUUCAGAGUUCAAUUUGUGCUAUUUGGAAGAAAUACUGUUCUCAUUCUUUAUUGCAUAUUAUUUUAUGCUCAUUGUACAAUUAUAUUUAUCAUUUUUCGAUUAAAAUUCCCGAGGAAUUUAAAGAA